CACCCCCUCACAGCAUGGAUCCUCUCUCCAACUUUAUUUCGGUGUUGUACUGUUAGUUGUGUGUUGCCUUCGGAUUAACGGUCUUGUUCUGGAUUCCGUAGCUCAACUAGACACCAUGUUUACCACCACCGGCUCCCGGGGCCUCUGUAAGUGCACCCAAUCCGCCAUUGAACCAGCGUCGGAAUGUCGCAGUCCUCUCUCCAACGAUAAGGCCCCUCUGUCUAAAGGACUCCUUCUGGUUCUCAAUGGGCUGACUGUGAUGCUAACCCUGCUGCCACAGUACCAGGAGCUGUUUGUAUACAGCGUACAGGCUGUCACGCAGCAGCACCAGGUGUGGAGGUUGUUGUGUGGCAGGCUGGUCUGUCUAGACGUGAAGGAUUCCUUUUGUAGCAGCCUGCUCAUUUACAACUUCCGAAUCUUUGAAAGGAGGUUUGGCACCAGGAAGUUUGCUUCCUUCCUGUUGGGCACUUGGUGUCUGUCUGUGUUGAUGGACUUCCUGUUGGCCCAGGCUUUCCAGUUUCUGUUUGACUAUGAGGUUGAGGAACUGCCUGCAGGACUGCUCGCUCCAGUCUUCUCUCUGUUUGUGCCUUUCUAUCUGUCGAUCCCCAGGAUGCCAGUCACCCAAGUCCUGGGCCACAUCCACAUCACCAACAAGUCUCUGGUCUACAUAGUAGGCUUGCAGCUGUUGACUUCCAGCCCUUUCAUGUGGCUUCUUGCACUCAGUGGACUGAUCUCAGGCGGGCUCUACCACUCCAAUGUUCUCCAGUUACAGAAGCUCCUCUUCGUACCUGCCUGGGUGUCUCGUAUUGGACGGUAUAUUUUGGAGCCACUCUUCUCAAGCUCCCAACCAAGCAGUGAGACGCCUCUGGGGAUGGGUGCCACGCUGGACAUCCAGAGGCAGCAGAGGAUGGACCUGCUCGACCAACAGCUGCUGCUGGCCCAAUACAACGAGGCCAGGAGGAACGCCAGACACCAGCCGCAGGCUGGGUUGUUACAGUGGACCAGGUUGUUCCCCUCCCUGAGACACAGAGGACAGAACCGACCCCCGAUACAGCCCCGCCCCCAGGCUCAGACACACCCAUCCGCACAGUCACCACUAUUGGACAACUCUCCUGUGGCAGAGGAGCAGGUUGCACGGUUGGUGGAAAUGGGCUUUUCCAGGAUUGACGCCCUCGAGGCCCUCAGAGCUUCAAACAACGACAUCAACAUGGCAACAAACUUCCUCUUGCAACACUGAGAGAGAGAAAGAGAGAGAGAGAGGGAGCUCAGUGAGAACAGGUGAAUGAGGACAGAGAGAGAAAGCAGGAAUAGAAGCAACCAAAGCAGAGAAGCAAAAAGCAAAAUGGAGAGAAAAUGUCGGUGAGAAUGAAAGACAGUGAAUAAUGGAGAAUAGGAGAGAAGACAAAAGAAAUUUGUUGCUGUUGUGUCACUGCUCCCCUGAAGCAGUGUUAGGCUGACCCGACCUGAACUGAGCCCGAUAGCAGGCUGAUUAAUGAAGAAGUGUGAAGCACAAAGUGGGAGACAUUUAGGUCACAGCUUUCUGAUGGUCAUCGUAGUGUGAAACAGGCAUCGUAGCUCAAGGCAGACAAGUUGGACCUCUAACUCCAAGGGGAUCCCUAUGAAACAAACUGGGCAGAGCUUUCCUCACAGUACAUAGAGUCUUCAGUCCAGUGGGGGUAAUAAAGAGUGGGAGAUUUCUUUCGAAAAAGAACUGAUAGUGAAGCACACAAAUCAGCCGAAAUCCCACACACACUCCACACGGGUACCACUAGCUAUGUGAAAUAGUUUUAUAUAACACACUGUCAUGUACUACCAUUCUACUUCCAAGAUGGCUACUGUGUAACCAGCAUCCUAGACCCUGAUAACUGGUUAGAGAUGAUAAAUAUGACAUAGAAGAUAAAGAAAAAGAUUCACUAGGUUUUAAAGAGAAGGAUCAGAGAAUAUUAUGUCAUCUGUCUGGUUUUGGACAGAUUUUUAUUUUUCACUGUAACAACGGAACUGAAAAACAGACAUGCAGCGCCUGCUAAAUGAUUAUAUUUAAUUCCAUGAGGAGGUGCAGAGAUCAUGAUUACAUCUUGAGAAUUUAUGAUUAAAGAAUCCAUGAAGAAUGUAACAUACUUUACCAUGACUUUAUUACACAGCUGUUUCUUUAUGUUGGCAGUAUUCCAUGGAAGUAGCAGGGCUCAACCCUUUCCUGCCUGAGAUGCUUUAACAAAGCAGUGAGCGUGAGUGACAGCUACUGCAAGAGCCAGAUUUCUUUUAUAGCCUACUGGUUUGGCCCAUUUGUAACUCUACAAGCACAGUAUCGGUGACAGACAGGGUGUUUGGCAGGAUAAAGGUUAGAUGGGCUAUCUCAGGGUCUCUGAGGCGACUUGUUCUGUUAAUGACAUAUUCACAUUUACAGACACGAGUGCACACUUACAUAUGCACAAUAGCCUAGAAAGGAAGUCAUGUUUCACACCUUUGACGGUUUGUGUCUCUUAUCAUUUCAUGCUCUCUCGUGCAUAUGCAGACACUCCUCAAGGAUUUAUUUAUUCUGUCUUAACUGAGUUUGAGUCUUUUCUCUGCCAGCACUGCAAUGUCUGAAUCUUAGCAAGUCUUAAAAGUCUGAUGAUAUUUAUUAUGCAAUAUCAUGACAAGUGAAAUUUAUGGAGACUAUGCGCUGCAUAGUAAUUACUUUGUGUAUAUAAAAGUGAAAACAUUUUUGUGCAACAGAAGUAAUAUUGCAGCCACUAUGUAUCGAUGUCAAAGAAAGACGUUUGUUUUAUAUUUUGUGCAUAAUAAUAUUGAUAAUAUAUGACCACU